AUGAAUUAACAUUAAAUUAGUGAUGAAGGAGUAGCAGAAUAAUUGGUAGAAUUAUGUGAUCAAAUAAAUGAGGGCAUCUGGAGUGAUGAAUGCGAGAUUUUAGAGAUGUUUAAAGACAUAUUUGAAAAACUGAAUGAGAAAGAUCAAAAGGCUGCUCUUAUCUACAUUAAAGCUAAUUAAUAAACCUUUAUCUAUGUAAAGAAACUCGAAUUGGAAUAUUUAACUACAGAAGAUAUUUCAACUGAAAUCCAGGAAGUUAUCGAUUAUAAAAAGAUUUACUAAUAACUAAUUCAACAAACAGACUGGUAAUAGUUAAUAAAUCUCUUAAAAUAAAAAGAGUUUUGUGAUUAAAACAAUAUCAACCCAAUAAUUAUAAAUAAUUUUGAAAUUAUAUAAAAACUUAAAGAAAAAGUUGUCGACCUUUUGAAUCUCAAUCGUUUAUCAAAGAUUACAGAAUGGGGAUAUCCUUAUAAAGAUAUAUUUAAAAUUUUAUUAGGGUUUAUAGACAAGAAUAAUGAUCUUGAUGAAUCAGAAGCAAAAAAAUUAGAAAUGACUAUAGGUGCUUUAUUAGAAGAAUAAGUUUUGUAAUUUUUAGAGUACGAAAAUAAUUUAUUGCAAACAGAAAACUAUGAAAUGAUUAAUAAAAUUAUUUCUGCCAUUUAAUUGGAAGGAAAAAACUGUUAAGAUUUUUCAACAGAAUUAUAAUCUCUCUCCUUUGAUUAAUAAAUAUUUAUUAAGCUCUGCACUAUUUCAACAAAAGAAAAAGCACUUGAGAAUGUUAAAAAAUAAGUUUCACAGUUACUUUAUUGUGAGAAUGUUAAACGGGAAUAUAAAAUAGAUUUCAAAAAAGUAGAUUAAAAUANUUUAAUAUAUUUUCCUUUGAAUUUCAACUAUCCUAAUUUAAGCCUCUAUAACAAAUCAGAAUUUUAAACAUGUAUGUCAGUAAAUUAACCAAUAUUAUUGUGA